ACUUUGCAUUUCUGGUUGGCAUGCGUGUGGAAAUUAAUGUAUGCUAAUUUUAAUGCACAAGUCGAAAGACAAAUUUUUAAAGUUGUCGAAAUUAUGGUGUUUUAUUAUGGAGUCUGACGAGCAAAACCAAGAUUUGGAGCGAAAAGUCACCGUCGAAAACCUCAACAUCGAAAUCUUGCCCAUUAUUUACGAAAUCAUCCGCAGUGUGGAGAAGGACCACCACGAUAAUACUGCUAAAACGCGAGAAUCGCAAGACUGCUCCCAGAAAGUCCUCGAGUUGCAGAAGCGCCUGGACCAAGCCAGAGCCGAGAUACGCAUGCUACCAGGGAUCGACUACAGCAAAGAGCAGCAGCUGCACCACCUAGAAGCCUUGAAAACCCAGCUGAAGCUCAAACAGGAACUGCUGCGCAAAUAUCGCUACAUGUACACCUUUGAAAUCCCCAAAUAAAAUGGUGUUGCGCUUUUUAA